AUGCCCUUACUGGCUGCGGCUGCAGCGGGAGGAUGCCAGCGUCUCGUCGACCUGUGGGCAACCGCGCCCUUGGCGGGCAACUGGCAGGAGCCGCUGGGACAGGACUCCGGCAUCCCACCAUGGUCAUCAUGGCUACGUGAGACCAAAAACCAGGUGUCCUCCGACGCCUCCCUCGCGGUGAUGGUCAUUGUUUGCUGGGGUGUCCACCGCCGUUUCUGCCGCGACAAGGAGGACAACGAGCAGGAUACCAGCAUUUUUGUUCUUGGACCGUGGAGCAACAAUGACGAUGCUGAACGUGUCAGUGCUCUGCCGCGGCCACCGCUGCAGGAGCAGCAGCCACGCGAAAGCGGGGAUGGCUGUGGACCGCAGAGCAACAGCGGCGAAGAAGGAAUUAUACUGUAUUAA